CCCAGCCAGGUCCCUGCCUCCCCCAAGCCGCUCUCUUGCUGCCAUCGAUCUGCUCGCCCAGGGCAGGGACCAGGGCCGGGGCCAUGGAGGCAGACCCGCCGAUGCUGGCCACGGUGGGAGUGGGUGACCUGGUGCUGCUGGACCCCCUGAGCGAGGAGUCGCUGCUCAGCAACCUCCGGGAGCGCUUCCUGCACAAGGAGAUCUACACCUACAUUGGCAAUGUGGUGAUCUCAGUGAACCCGUACUGCCUGCUGCCCAUCUACUCGGCAGAGAUGGUGGAGCAAUACUGCAAUGGCAAUUUCUACGCCUUGAAGCCACACAUCUACGCCAUUGCUGAAGAUGCCUAUAGCUCUCUCCGGGACCGGGACAGGGACCAGUGCAUCCUCAUCACCGGCGAGAGCGGUGCUGGCAAGACUGAGGCCAGCAAGCUGGUGAUGUCCUACGUGGCAGCCGUGUGCAGCAAAGGCGCCGAGGUGACCAAGGUGAAGGAGCAGCUGCUGCAGUCCAACCCCGUGCUGGAGGCUUUCGGGAAUGCCAAGACCAUCCGGAACAACAACUCCUCCCGCUUUGGCAAGUACAUGGAUGUGGAGUUCGACUUCAAGGGCAUGCCCCUGGGAGGCCUCAUAAGCAACUAUCUUCUGGAGAAGUCCCGUGUCGUGCGGCACGUCAAGAACGAGAGGAACUUCCACAUCUUCUACCAGCUUCUGGCCGGAGCGUCCGACCCGCUGCUGAAGCGGCUGAAGCUGCAGCGUGACUGCCGGCACCAUGGCUACCUGGGUGACGAGGACCCACGCUUGCCGGGCAUGGACGAUGCCACCAACUUCCAGGCCGUGCAGGCUGCCAUGCGAACCAUUGGCUUCUCAGAGGCGGAGGUGACGCAGCUGCUGGAGGUGACAGCCGUGGUGCUCAAGCUGGGCGACCUGCAGCUCAGCAGCCAGUUCCAGGCCAGCGGCAUGGAGGCCUGUGGCAUCCAGGACAUGCAAGUGCUGCGGGACAUCUGCGAGCUCAUCGGGCUCCGGGAGAGCGUCCUGGAGCAGGCUCUGUGCUCCCGCACCGUGGAGGCCAAGCAGGAGAAGGUGGUGACGGCCCUCAGCAUUGCCCAGGGCUACUUCGGGCGGGACGCGCUGGCCAAGAACAUCUACAGCCGCCUCUUUGACUGGCUGGUGACCCGCAUCAACGAGAGCAUCCAGGUGACCACGGGCGAGCGGCGGAAGGUGAUGGGUGUCCUGGAUAUUUACGGCUUUGAGAUUGUCAAGGACAACAGCUUUGAGCAGUUCAUCAUCAAUUACUGCAACGAGAAGCUGCAGCAGAUCUUCAUCCUCAUGACCCUGAAGGAGGAGCAGGAGGAAUACUUCCGGGAGGGCAUCGCAUGGACCCCAGUGACCUUCUUUGACAACGGCAUCAUCUGUGACCUGAUCGAGAGUGGCAAGGGCGGGAUCCUGGCGCUGCUGGAUGAGGAGUGCUUGCGCCCGGGCACCGUGAGCCCUGCCACCUUCCUGGCCAAGCUGGACCAGGCCUUCGGCAACCACAAGCACUACGAGAGCCGGAAGAGCCAGAGUGACCGGCGCAUCACCGACACCAGCCUGCCCAGCACCUGCUUCCGCGUGCACCACUACGCUGGCAAGGUGACCUACAAUGCCACGGGCUUCAUUGAGAAGAACAUGGACCAGCUGUACCGGGGGCUGGCACAGGCCAUGUGGCAGGCCAAGCACACUUUGCUGUGCAGCCUCUUCCCUGACGGCGACCCCAAGAAGGCAUCACUUAAGAUGCCCCCCACAGCCGGCUUCCAGUUCAAGGCCUCCAUCAGCAUCCUCAUGAAGAACCUGUACUCCAAGAACCCCAACUACAUCAGGUGCAUCAAGCCCAAUGAGAGCCAGGCGCCGGGGCGGUUCACGGAUGAGCUGGUGCGCAACCAGGUGCGGUACCUGGGGCUGCUGGAGAACGUGCGGGUGCGGCGGGGGGGGCUCAGCACCCACACCUGGCCCCGCUGGGCCGGCACUGCCAGGGACGGGGUCCAGGCACUGUUCUCUGACCUGGACAUCCUGCCUGAGGAGCUGGCCUAUGGGCACACCAAGGUCUUCAUCCGCACGCCACGCACCCUAUUCGACCUGGAGGAGCGGCGCCGGCGCCGGGUGGAGGAGCUGGCCACGCUGAUCCAAAAGACCUACCGGGGCUGGCGGUGCCGUACCCAGUACCAGCUCAUGCGCAAGAGCCAGAUCCUCAUCUCAGCCUGGUUCCGGGGCCACAUGCAAAAGAAGAGGUACCAGCACAUGAAGAGGGCGGUACUGCUCAUCCAGGCCUGUGCCCGUGGCUGGAAGUCCCGCCGGCUCUUGCGGGAGCUGAAGCACCAGAAGCGUUGCCGCCAGGCCGCGGCCAUCAUUUCUGCUUACUGGAAAGGGUACAAGACGCGGAAGGAGUACACAAAAUACUUCCGCUCUGGGGCCAUGGCCCGUCUGGCCAACUUCAUCUACCGGCGGCUGCUGCAAAAGUUUUUGCUGGGGCUGAAGAACAACCUGCCCCCGCUGACUGUGAGCGACCGGAGCUGGCCACCAGCCCCCUACCGCUUCCUGGCCAAUGCCAAUGAGGAGCUGAAGACCAUCUUCUACCACUGGAAGUGUAAGAAGUACCGGGACCAGCUGAGCCUGGAGAAGCGGGCAGCGCUGCAGACCAAGCUGUGUGCCAGCGAGCUCUUCAAGGGCAAGAAGACGCGGUACGGCCCCAGUGUCCCGGAGCCGUUCGAGGGUGACUACGUGGGGCUGCAGAAGAACCCCAAGUACCAGAAGCUGCAAGCUGCGGCCCGGGGCAAGCUGGUGCUGGCUGACACUGUGAGGAAAGUGAACCAGGCCAACGGCAAGAUGACACCCCAGCUCCUGCUGCUCACCAAGGAGCACGUGAUCCUCGCGGACCCUAAGGCCACCCAGCCCAAGGUUGUCAUCAGCCUGAGCGACAUCCAAGCCACCUCCGUCACCCGCUUCUCCGACGGGCUGCUCGUGCUACACCUCAAGGAGCAGACGGGCAUGGGGGGGACCAAGGGCGAUGUCCUGCUGGUCAGCGACCACGUCAUCGAGGUCGUCACCCGUCUGCACCAGGCCCUGCUGGAGACCACGCGGCAGGCGCUCAACCUCCAGAUUGCCGACCAGUUCUCCACGCAGUUCAAGAAGAGCAGCAUUGCAGUGACGGUGGUGCAGGGGCCGAAGGGGCGCCUGGGGCCUGUCUGCAAAAAGAAGGGCAAGAAGAUGGAGGUGCUGGUCUGCUGAGGGGCUGUGGCCGUGGGCAUGGAGAACCCAGCCAUUGCUUGAACCUGGUCCCUGGUAUUGUGGUGAUUUAACAUUAAAGCCUGGAGAGCCCCCA